AUGAAAAUGAUCAUUUUGAUCAAAUUGGCAAAUUCUACACCGAAAAUCAGCUGUAAAUCACUAUUCAUAAAGCUAAUAGGCUCUAUAACUAUAGGCAACCUGGCAAACAAUCUAUUCACACCAAACGGGAAAAGGUAUUCCCAGGAAGAUUUCUUUUGUGAAUUACUUACUAUUGAUGAAUUUUGUUAUAUUUGUGUAAGGUACAUAAGGUACAUUGUUAACCAAACUAUUACUGUUAUUCUUGCUAUUAAACAAAUACACAAAUACGCAAAUACGCAAUAUUUUUCGGAAACUGAACUGAGUAGAAUAAUAUAUACUAUUGGAUACUGGCCAUCGUCAUUCUUUGUGAAUCAUAAAAAAUCCCACGCUUCUGGCCAAUUAGAGUCCAGAGGUAUUCUGACAAAGAACCCAAAAUAA